CGCUCAGACAGCGCACAACCGCCAAGUCCGAUUUUGAUUUUAAGAUUUUCAUAUAAAAGAAAAAUAAAACCUAUUUGUGUAAUUAUUUUUUUCUAAAUAAUUUGUUUAAUUAUGCGUUUCUGCAUCUUUAGUUUGGUUCUGGUGUUAAUCACCAUUUUCGGCUCAGUCCGAUCGGAUCUAACCUAUCGCGGCAAUGCAGUCCAUCCAGACUACCCGGGACAGUGCUACUACGAGGAACUGAACCAGGCAAUCCCCAAAAAACAGUCCUACAAGCCCAUUAAUCGCGAAGGAUAUUGCCAGUCCAUCUACUGUCGUCCGGACUAUGUUCUCGAGAUUGGAUAUUGCGGUCGCCAUAAUCUCGUGCCCACGGAAAAAUGCAAAAUCGCCUCGGACAUGAGACGCACCUUCCCCGGCUGCUGCCCCAAGCUGUUCUGCCAGGAGUCGGAGAGCAACUACAUCUAGGCUGGAUCCGGAUGCACUCUUUACCAACGUAGUAUUAGUUUUGUUUUGUUUUCUAUUUCAUUUAAGUUUAUUUUCCUUUCCCAGUGUUUUUUUUUUGCUACAAAUUCAAUAAAAAAAAUAUGAUUAUUUAAAAAAAUACAA